UGUAGUGAGACAAGAUAUAGAAAAAAAAGGGAAAUAUUGAUUGUUACACAAAAUACAAUUUAUUAUUUGAUUCAUUCUACUCGUACUUCUUUUUCUAUCACUCUCACACUUUCACACUCACGCUCACAUUCACACUCUUCUCACACUCUCACAUCUCAUACUCUCACCACUUACACUACUAAAAACCUCCACUCACUCGCUCAUUUCUCUCAUUGCAUUAUCGAUCAAAAAGCCCAUUACUUUAUCAAUUCGUUGUGGUUAAUAAGCUAUUUUGGCGGGGCAAUCGCCUGUGAGGAAGUUGUCUGGAGCUAAAUCCUGACCGCAACGCACUGAACGAUCUUCCCAUUCCCUCGAGGAAAUACCGAUACUUUUACUCCUCAUUCAAUACAACCACCCGAAUACAACAUCAACUACAACCUCACCAUCUACCUACAGUCCUACAUCCUACAUCCUACAUCCUACAUCCUACAACCUUCCCUUCUCCCCUCUUUCCCCCUCCUACCGAUACAAUUUUGUUCCCCAUCCCCAAGAUGUCAUCUUGGAAUAUCACCAAGAGUAAGUGAAAUUCAUUAUAUUCAAUCUUGGAAGACAGUUCAAUCUACGGCCUUAGGAUCAAUCCUACCGCUGCUUAUCAACUCAAUAUCCAUACGAAGAAAUUGAUUGAGCUGGAAAGCGACCAUAUCAAACGGAAUCAUCAUCACUAAUUCUCCAUCGAUUUUUUAGAGCUGAAAGAGACGCAUCUUGGUCCUCUCACAUCUACCUUUUCUCGCACACCCUCUUCACAAACCCUCAGAGAAUCUUCCAAAGAUGAGAAAUCAAGCAUACCACCGUCACCAUCGGCCAACGAUAGUGGUAUAGGUACGCGCAAAUGAUGAUUUGAAUCGUGGAAAAGAUACUGACCUUCAAAGCUGCUUCGGAAGCCAUGGCUACUCAACCACAAUCUGCUCCUCGACCGGGUAUUCUUAUCGUUACUCUUCACGAAGGAAAUGGAUUCUCCCUCCCAGAUCAAUAUAAACAAGUCUUCAGCAAUCAUACUCAGAAUUCAUUAUCUGCGGGAAAUGGCUUUGGAGUCGCUGGUUCAGUUCGUUCUGGAUCUUCAACCCAAGUCGCUGGAUCUUACUCAAGUAUGAGACCACAAACGUCAGGAGGUGGUAUUCAAGUUCCUACGAACCACGGCAGAAUCUCCUCCAAAUAUCUUCCGUAUGCCUUGUUAGAUUUUGAUAAGAUGCAGGUUUUCGUCAAUGCAGUUGCAGGUUCUCCUGAAAACCCUCUAUGGGCUGGAGAUAACACUCAAUACAAGUUUGAUGUUUCAAGAGUUACUGAGUUAGCAGUUCAUUUAUAUCUUCGAAACCCGAAUGCGCCUCCAGGAUCUGGUCGAAGUCAAGAUAUUUUCCUUGGUGUUACGCGCAUCAACCCACGAUUCGAAGAGAAGCAUAAAUAUGUCGAAGAUCCUAAAAUGGGAAAGAAAGACAAGGAAAAGGCGGCUGCAGAAUUCCAAAGAAGAGAGAGUACAUUGGGACAAGUUGGACCAGAAUGGUUAGAUGUUCAAUAUGGUACGGGAAAGAUUCGAAUUGGUGUUGAAUACGUUGAGAAUAGAACAAGAGCAUUGAAGAUUGAUGAUUUCGACUUAUUGAAAGUGGUUGGAAAAGGAAGUUUUGGAAAGGUUAUGCAAGUCAAGAAAAAAGAUACCCAACGAAUUUACGCCCUCAAGACCAUUCGAAAGGCUCAUAUCAUUUCACGAUCAGAAGUUGCACAUACAUUGGCAGAACGAUCCGUCCUCUCUCAAAUCAACAAUCCCUUCAUCGUACCUCUCAAGUUUACCUUUCAAUCACCAGACAAGUUAUAUUUCGUCUUGGCAUUUGUCAAUGGUGGUGAACUUUUCCAUCAUCUUCAAAAGGAGUCUCGCUUCGAUAUCAAUCGUUCAAGAUUUUAUACGGCCGAACUCCUUUGCGCUUUAGAAUGUUUACAUGGAUUCAACGUCAUUUAUCGUGACUUGAAACCAGAGAAUAUUCUAUUGGAUUACUCGGGUCACAUUGCACUCUGUGAUUUCGGGUUGUGUAAACUUGAUAUGAAGGAUGAGGAUCGUACCAAUACCUUCUGUGGAACUCCCGAAUACCUGGCACCUGAAUUGUUGUUGGGUCAAGGUUACACUAAGACGGUCGAUUGGUGGACUCUUGGUGUUUUACUCUAUGAGAUGUUGACUGGUUUACCUCCUUUCUACGAUGAAAACACUAAUGAGAUGUAUCGAAAGAUUUUGAGCGAGCCAUUGAACUUUCCAGGUCCUGAAAUUGUUCCACCUGCUGCUAAGGAUCUUUUGCAAAAACUUCUCAACAGAAAGCCAGAUCAAAGAUUGGGUGCAAAUGGUGCAUCAGAAAUUAAGGCACAUCCUUUCUUCCACAGUAUUGAUUGGCGUAAAUUACUUCAAAGAAAGUAUGAGCCUACUUUCAAGCCCAAUGUGGUAUGUAUUUCUUUUUCUUUCUUUUCCUUUUGAUACAUCAACAUGCAAUAUACUAAUACACAAUAGACGGAUGCUCUUGAUACCACCAACUUUGAUGUGGAAUUUACAUCUCAAGCACCAGCCGAUUCAUUGGUUGAAGGUGGACAACUAUCAUCAACCAUGCAAGAACAAUUUACAGGAUGGUCUUAUAAUAGACCAGUUGCAGGAUUAGGUGAUGGUGGUGGAAGUAUUAAAGAUCCAAGUUUCGUAGGAAGUGUACAGGACAGAUAGAUUAAGGUCACGGCAAAAAGGCAUCUGGUAUUCUGGAAAUAACCUGUGGUAUGAUGAUAUGACGUAAACUUAGCUCGGCGUCUUUCUUUCUCUCAAUAUAGCAUUUCGGAUACAGUUGAGGGGGUUUCUUCUCUCUCUCUUUACUAAAUUCAUGGGGGUAUUAGAUGAGAGAAGAGGUGAGGGGAGGAGGU